AUGACACCUCAGAAAUGGUCACCGCCAGUCCCCUUCCCGACGCCCUCCCCCAGCCACCCGCCGCCGCCCGCCCCCGCCGCCACCACCGCGCAGCCCGCGGACGACCUGGCCAACAGCACCAAGAUUCCAGUGGGAUGCUCCGCACCGCUGCUGGCGCUCAACGGGCAGGUCGCGCACGCCGCCCGCCACCCCAAGGACUACAGCAGCGUGGCCGAGGUCAAGUUCGUGGCCGAGAUCACGGACCCGCUCACCAGGGACAGGAAGCUGUGCAAGAUCAAGUGUGUGGAGGGCCAGUGGAUCGGGCCGCUCUGCGAGCACAAGGAUGACGGCGGCCGGUACCACCCCAUCCUCCGCAGCUGCCUCCUGGAGAACGUGCCGAGCCACGUGGUGCUCACCUACAGGAACGUCACCAUUCAGGCGUCGCAGCUGCUGUUCCCGCACGACGCGGUGCUGCUGGCGCGGUGCCGCGAGCUGGGCAUGUACAAGCUGCGGGGCAGCGCGUCGCUGCAGUGCCAGAACGGCAAGUGGUCGGACCGCGUGCCGCACUGCGUGCCCACCACCGUGCUCACCAACUUCGCGCCUGGCACGCCGCCCACCAUCCUGCUCAGCAUCCCCACCGGGUCGGCGGCCGUGGAGCCGAGCGGCGAGCUGGCCGUGUUCCCGGGCUCCAUCGUGCACCUCGAGUGCCUCUACUCGCGCAAGAUGGGCACGCCGGAGUGGUCCUGGACCGCCACGCACCGGAGCUACCUCACGGGCUGGGCCAUCGCGUCGGACGAGCGCGACUGGAAGUACCGCCUGUCCAUCUACUACAGCAAGCCCACCGACUCGGGCACCUACACGUGCCACACGCCCGCGCCGGAGAGGGCCACUAACAGUGUGGCGGUGCGGGUGGCGCCGGUGCACUGCGACCAGGACCGCCUGCAGUCCAGGGACGCGGCGCUCAGCGUGCGCGUCGAGGGCAGCCGCCUGGGGCAGACGGCCGCGUUCUCCUGCCCGCUCGGCUACACCAUCAAGGGCGCGGCCACGGUGACGUGCACGGGGUCGGGCCACUGGUCGCACCCCACCCCCGCCUGCGUCCCGAUCCGCUGCCCGGCCCUCAUGCUGAGCGACCCCCGCAUGCGGCUCGUCGAGGUCAACAACUCGUACGGCGGCCACGCCAUCUUCGCCUGCACCUUCGGCUACACCGUGGACCCGCGGCCGGGCCUCAUGUGCGAGAGCACGGGGCAGUGGGACCGGCCGCUACCGCGCUGCAAGCCGAUCCUCUGCAAGGCCAUGCCCGUGCCCAAGCACGGCACCGUCGUCGAGUCCCUGCCGCCCGAGACGGCGCUGCGCACGGCCGAGGCGCACGCCGAGAUGGCCAAGGAGCCCAGCACCACGACCACCACGACCACCACGGCCGCCCCCAACGCCACGGAGGAGGACGCCGCCAAGGCCAGGAAGAAGGACACCACGCCGCGGCUCAAGCUGCCGCCGCUCGGCGUGGGGGCGUCGCUGCGAUACGCGUGCCACGACCGCUACCAGCUCAUCGGCGAGCCCUCCAUCGUGUGCACCGAGACGGGGCACUGGUCGCACCCCGCGCCCACGUGUAAGCCCCGCUGCCCGUACCCCGGCGAGCCCGCCAACGGCCGCCUGCAGCCCGUCAAGUUCGCCUACGUCCCCGGCGACAAGAUCACCGUGUCCUGCAACGUGGGCUACGUGGCGCCCCUGGACGGCAGGCCCGAGUGCCGACCCAACGGCACCUGGUCGGAGCCCCUGCCCACCUGCACCAUCUACAGCGAGGUGUGAGAUGGACCCUUCCACCUCACGCUGCUCUUCGUCAGGUUCAUCAAGGCUUAUCGUUGUUCAUUUUUUUUUAAAUCGAGGCUGCUCCAGGAUUAUGCCCUGGAAUCCUAUUCAUUACCCCUCCCCCGUCUUGAUCAUUUUGUGCCCCUUUCAAUCUCUGGCUGUUUUUGGCUGUUUAGAAUCCCCAGGCGACAGGCAACCCGUCUCCCUUCCCACGUCCAGUUUGGACCCACAUAUCUCAAGCAUAAUCACUCUAGGGAUCGGAUUGCUGAUGCACCGAUAUGAAAAUAGAUGCUGAGUUGACUUCCCUUAGCCGAGAGAGGAAUUUUAAAUCAGUGUAUCACAGAUGAAAAAAUAACCAAAUAUAGAAUAUUGUGUGACAAGAAUUUCACAGAAUGAAUAGAUGUCCCGAAUUAGACAAGUACCUUGUGAUAUUGCCAGGUGAUUUUUAAAUAGGCAUUGAAAGAAGCAGUAUUAGACAGCUGCAGAAUGGUCUUGUGUAAAUCAAAGAGCAGAUUACAGUUGGUGUAAAAUUAAUUUUCCUUGUAAAUAGUGUAAAUAAAGACACUUGGUUUAUUAUUAAA